AUGGACGCCGUUGCUCCCAUCGGAAUCCUCCGCCCCGUUCCCAUUGUGCUGGGCCCGCAGCACGUGCUCCAGCCGCCCCCUGUCCGCGCGUGUCCCGGAUGCGGGCGCGGCAAUGUGGGAUGGCACGGCUUCAACCUGAGCACGCUCUGCGCUGACUGCUUAAGCGUGCUUCGGCCGGAGCAGGGUGUCAGCAGACCCGCAUCAGCACACCCCUUCUUGCUCAACAGCGCCGCCACCGCAGACACGGCAGCGCUUCUCGUGGCGGCGGCAGCGGCGGCGACGGGCGCGCGUGUGCCCGCCAGUCCGGCCGCCGAUGAGCCCGUCGCUCGCUCCGACAACCCGACCUCGCCGCGCCAGCCGGUGGCGCCGUGGACGGAGCAGGAGGACGCAGCCAUUCGCGCGGGCGUGCUGCAGCACGGGACCAAGUGGCGGAACUUCCCCCUGCCGGGGAGGUCGACUGACGCGGUGCGCAACCGAUGGGGCCGGCUGAAGGAGAGAGACACGGCGGACGCAGGGCUGGGCGGCGAGGGUGCGGCGGGAUGGGACCACGCCAGCCAGGAGGCGCCCUCGCGUGGCAUGGCGACAGCAUCGGAUGUGCCAGCGCCAGCUAGCGACGCGGACCCUGUGGAGGUGAGGUCGACAGUGAGCCGCGCGAAAAAGGGGGCACCAAUCCUCAAAGCAACAGCACCCGCGGCCGCGCACGGACGGAACCUCCGAAAGCGAUUGCGCUGA